AUGGCGUGCGAGCAGGGCGCCUUCUGCCUCCGGGAAGUGCUCGUCGCCUUCCAGACGUGUGUCACGGAGCGGCGGGAGGUGCUGCUCGGCCCGUACCUGCGCGGCUGGAGGGGGCUCAUCCGGUUCCUCAACAGCCUGGGCGCCAUCUUCUCCUUUGUCUCCAAGGACGCGCUGGCCAAGAUACAGAUAAUGGAGAACUACUGCAGCGGCGAGCAGCGGGACAGGUACCUGACGGUGCAGUCCAUGGUGCAGUACGAGGUGGCUAACGGGCUGGUAGAUACCCAGAAGCGGUCAGAGCACCCUGACUCCGGCUGCCGGACCGUGCUGCGCCUCCACAGAGCCCUGCGCUGGCUGCAGAUGUUCCUGGAAGGGCUGAGAACUGGCCAGGAAGACUCCAAGACAUCCGCGAUCUGCACAGACUCUUACAAUGCUUCUCUGGCUAACUACCACCCCUGGAUUAUUCGCAAGGCUGCCACUGUGGCCUUCCGUGCUUUACCUUCUCGAAAUGCAUUCCUUGAAAUCAUGAAUGUGGGCACGCCUGAGGAGGCCGUUGCUAUGCUGGGUGAUGCCUUACCCCAUAUCUGCAAUGUCUAUCAGAUCACUGAGGAGCUCUAUGCCCAGCAUAAGCUGCUUGACCUCCCUUGACAAAAUGGGCAUUAAACAGCACCUCCUCAUCCUGACAGGAGUGAACUGUGACAAAAGUGAAAACUGUUUUCAUACAUACAUUAACUGAUUCUUUGACCCUGUGGCACUCUUCAUUUCCUUUUCCAAUACAGAGGUAGCAAGCUGGCAAACAUAUUCAAGAUGCCUCACUUCAUAAGAAAAAAAAUAGACACACACAACACCUAUGCAUCUUUGCCUCAGGUCUACAGGAAAAAAGAAGUCUAAUAGUUUACUUAAAGGGGUUUCUAUCCCCCCCUUCUCCUGGAUUCACCCUCAAAACUCUGGCUAGGUUUUGUGUAGGUUGGUUGGUUUCUCUUCUAAGCCAAACUGACCAACUUUAGCAACUUCUGUGCAUUUGCACCAAUAGUUAGGAUUUUGCAUGAUUAAAAUUCAUGCAUUAAAAUUCAGGUUUUAACUUCCUGAUACAGUAUUCUGAACAUAUUUACACUGUAUGUGAGCUCACUUUGCCAAUUUGUUUACAAGCUGCUCCUGGGAUAGAGCUGACCUUCUGCUAUCCAUUAUGCUUUAACCUGGAAAUCAUGAUCCAGAGUAGUGUGUCUCUGAAAGGAAGCUCUUUUCCUGUGGUCACAGACUCACCCCAUGAUUGCUGUUAAUUCUGUACCACCUAGUUUUAAAGAUGGAGAUGGUGUUGCGUUUUGUUGUAAUGAGAUACUAUUCUUCCUUUGCACAUGGCUUCCUUAAGCAGGAACAUUCUUUCUAUGUAGCUUCCCCUGCUCAUUAUUUUUUCUAUGCUUUAUGCUUCAUGGGAAUCAGAGCAAUUUUAAUAUGUACUAUACAAUCCUAUAUAUCCAGAUAAGGCUCGAAACUACUUUAUCUCUUUUCAAGCUGUGCUUCUAAACUAUGUUUUCAUGUUUUUUUUAAUGAAUGUCUCAUGCCAACAGAAAUGACAUCUCUGACUAGGGAGAAAUCCAAAUUUGUACUGUAAGUCACCACUUUAUGAAGCUUAUGGCUUCUAUUACAAAUCAAUGCAAGUGACUUCUAUGCAUGAAACACUGUAUAUUUAUUUAUAUAUAUAUAUAUAUAUAUAUAAAAAACAUAAAAUUUGUGAAGUAUGUAAAAUAAAGUUUACAUGGCUCUUUAAAAGCUCAAAAAACAUUGGUAAUUUAGGAAGACAGGAAUACUUGAACACUUGGAGAGGAGGGAGAAUCCCACAAAUUCUGUCACAUAUCCUGGCUGUAUCUCUCAAAUAGGUACUUGGACUAGUUUAACACUGCAUGAUUCAGGAAAUCAUUAUUACCUCAUGGAAUUAGUCUAACUGGUCAUUAAACUGCAUGAGUAACUUUCUUCUGAAGAGCAUCCUUUACAGGAAUGCUUUACUUCUUGUGGUGUUGGAAGGAACAAAAUUUGUAGUAUUCCAUAUUUGUAUCUUGUCCUUCAUUAGCAGUGUCUGUUUUAUUUAUAUAGUAAUCAGAUAUAAAACCAAUCAGGAGAAACAACAUAGAUGAUGUUAUGCUGCUGACUGAGCCCCUUUUCUGGCUACUCACAUCUGUCAACAGUGAUUUUGCCUCAAUAUAUGAAAAUUAGUUUCCUUGCACAUCCUAAAUGGAGGUUUAAUUGCUGUGCUGUGAAAAUAUAAAUAUCAUUCCCUUUCUGCUAAGACCACCUUAAAUAACAUAGUUCCUUAGAAUAAAUCCAUAUAUUAAAAUGUAGCAGUUCCAUGUCACAAACUAAUAUAUCUCUUGCUCUCUGAUACAGAUACAGUUGGUAUUUCGUCUGUAUAUGGCAUUAAAUGUCACAAUAUGAUUGUAGUUUCUUAAACUAUUUAUGCAGUGUUCUGUGUCAAGUGAAAAAAUGUUGCGUCUCUCUUGUGGGUUUAAUGCAGAAAUGGUAGCAUUACCAUGUUGAAAAAUUACUUCUUCUCCCUUGUCAUAUUCAUUCUCAGAUACCGCUCUUGUGAGAUAAACAUUAAUGCUGAAAUGAACUUGAUUUUUGCAAUUAAAGAAUCGAACUUGCUCAGCAGGAGU